UUUUCUCGCGCGCAUUGUGAUUACCGUCCAUUCUCUCCCGGCUCGACAAUUAGCGCCGAUUCGGACAAUGGAAAUUUCGCGGAUCAGCCGCGUGUGUGUUAAUUCAACGACAAUGGCAUCGAGCGAGAGCUGCUGCGAAAAACACGCGUCUCGAGAAUUAACGAGCUAACUUUCAACGACAUAGCCUAAACGUUCGCUAAAGUGUGAAAAUCAGCCGUCUUUGAGCGAGAGCUCGAGGUUUUUCUUGAAGCGAAGAUUCGCUCGAAAUAUCAUCGAUACGAUGCAUAAUUGCUCAGAGGUACAUAAUAUGCCCUCUGUCGGAAAUUUAUUCAUCCAUUCGAGCGCGGCAGCCGCACGCGAGCACAGACAUACGCAGGAUCAUUAUAUCGUCUAUUUCAUUCCACUUACAUGUAUUCCGCGCGGGAAAUACCGUAAAAGUUACGAGUCUGUAAAAUUAUACGAAAUAACUGCGCAGCCGUAUAAUUCUGAUACGAUGAAAUAUGUAUGGUUAAAUCGACGACACACGAGGAAUUCAUCGCGUGUGUUAUGACAGAAUCGCUGUAUAGCGAUAAUAUUCCAUGAAGCAUAUUAUGAAGCGUGUGUGUACAUACGCAUAUAAUCAGAGGCUGAAAGUUGAGCUUCAUUACAAUGAUAAAGCCUAAUUCACGACGGCGUAAUUCGCGCGCGAUGCUCCUCAAACAAAGGAUCGCUUGGCCGGCUUUAACGUCGUACAUCUUGAAUUUACAGCCGGCACUGCAGUGGGACUCGUUGUUGUUCGAAGUUUCGAGAGGAAACCGCCAAGAGGGAGAGGUCAUAACGCGCUGCGUUUUACGGUCGGCAAGCGCGGGCUACAUCGCCCGCCACAUACGGCCCGCCUUCAUAUGGUAAAUAACCAUUAUAACCAGCGAGAGUGAGAGAGUCAGCUCUCUCGCAUUCGAAUCGCUGAAAGAUACGGCUGAGCUUUCCAGCGAAAAAGAUAGCGGCUUUUAUCAUCGCGUUACAAGUAUUUCGCUAUUAAAAACGAUACAGCCCCGAAAAAUAAGCGAUAUCCCAUAACUCAAUGUUUUUCUUUUUUUCAGCUCCGACAGCUCGAUUCCGGGUUAUAAAUCGGCGCCUAGGGGGAGGCCGCGGUACACGAUCCACCUGUGCGCGAGGACGAGCCGCGCGUGCAUAUAAAACUCGCGCGAUUCGCCCGCGGCGCGCAUUCUUUUCUCGAAAUUGAUAUCAAAGAAUCCCGGAAAAAUUCCUCCCGCGCGCGCGCGUUGUAUUGCCUGCGCGCUCUGAUUCGCUCUGUCCGCUUACACAUUCGGCUUGCGUCGGCGGCGUUAUGCUCUGUUUCGCUUAUUUCGGCUUGGCCCGCGCGUAUUGUCGUCGUGAAUCGCGCUGCCGCGAGGCCGGAAAUUACGCGCGUGUGGAUUUGCUCGACUGAGCGAGAGCGAAAGUGUGUGUGUGUGUGUGUGUGUGUAUGCGCACGGGGGAGUUGAGGGAAACCAAUAUUUGGCUGCAGGUGCUGUACUGCGGCGUGUGCGGUAUUGGGGGGGAAUGAUGCGGAUGGAUUCUUUUGUUCUGGGGAGGUGGAGAGGAGUGGAAAAGGUGGAUGAUAAAAAAGUAGGCUUGCGAAGACGAAUGGCAAGAGGUUGAAGGCUUGUGUAUGAAUUCUUGGUAAAAAGUUUCUGCUUUGUUGCGAUUCCGGGUUGAGUUUUGUUCAUGGUUUCAUGAAUAUUCGGAAUUUCCUUAUGAUCGAUUCAAAGUGCGAGUAUAUUUUGUUUGAUAAAAAGAUUAGUAUGCAAAGACAGAUGUAAAUUAAAGUUAAACAUUGGAAGUAACAGAGACGCUUGGUCUUAUACGUUUUAAUUGUAUUGAGUUUUAGUUUUUAUUACCAUACAAAAUUAAAUGUUAUCGGCCAAUAAAUUACGAUAAGUUAAAAGAAAUAAUCUUUGUCAAGCAGACGUAUUUAAAAUUGUAUAUAAAAAGCAUCGGUGUUAGAAAACCGACGAUUAUUGUAUCAGGAACACCCAAUAAUCAACAACUCCACAAUGAAAGAAUUAACAUCCAUCGUUUUUCUCCUGUCUCUCGUUGCGACGAUUCACAGUUUACGAACAAGAAUUCACAGAGGCUCGACUGCUUUCGAAGGACAAUACCCAUACCAGGUGUCACUACGAACAGAAAAGAAAGGUCACUUCUGCGGUGGUUCAAUUAUCAAUCAACGAUGGAUUUUGACUGCUGCGCAUUGCUUAGACGAGGAUGACAUAAAAGUUGUGGUCGGCACAAAUUCUCUAUACGAAGGAACCGAAUACGAGGUUGUAAGAAGUAUUAUCCACGAAGGUUUCGAUGCGAAAACGGUCGAAAAUGAUAUUGGCCUCGUGCGCGUUGACCGAGACAUUCAUUUCAACGACAAGGUGCAACCGAUCACACUAGCUUCAAAGAACACGAAGGCUGAUGGCAAUGAAAUCGUAGUUUUGACUGGUUGGGGUAGAAUUGAGGAUUAUAGCAAACCCGAACGACUACAAUACAUUAUAUUGGAAAUUUACGACUUCGAUAAAUGCAAGAGGACGGAACCGAGGGUAUCUAAAACGGAGCUUUGCACGCUCGCUAGAAGGGGCGGAACUGCUUGCAUCGGUGACUCGGGUGGACCUGUCGUUAAUAGAGAUGGUAUUCAAGUCGGCGUUGUUUCACAUAGAUAUCAAAGUUGUGGGGCAGCAGUUCCUGAUAUACAUGCUCGAGUUUCUAGCUUCCGCGACUGGAUAGAUAAGAAAAUAGCUCAUAACUGGUUGAGACGAACGCGAAUUCAUGGAGGUUCCCAAGCUCCGGAAGGUCACUUCCCAUACCAGGUAUCUCUACAAAGGCCGUUUCAUUUUUGCGGUGGCUCAAUCAUCAACGAGCGAUGGAUUUUAACCGCCGCGCACUGCCUCAAAGGUAAGGAGGUCGGUAAAAUCAAAAUUGUAGUUGGUAGUACGUCAAAAUUCGAAGGCAAAGCGUAUCAAGCUGAAAAGCUCAUCUAUCACGAUGAUUACACCACGGCAGCAUUGAAAAGUGAUAUUGGCCUAGUGCGAGUUAACAAAAACAUCGAGUUUAACGAUAACGUCCAGCCAAUCAAACUUGCUUCGAAAGAUACGACUACGGAUAUCAACGAAAGCGUUAUUAGUGCUGGAUGGGGUAGGGUCGAGGACGACACUUUGCCCGAAAAACUUCAGUAUAUCAUAUUCAAAGUGUCUGACACGAAGAAAUGUAAUAGGUCAUAUUACAGAACCUCCGUAGGGGAAACGCAAAUUUGUACUAUUUCAAAAAGAGGACAAGGUUCCUGUACAGGUGAUUCUGGCGGUCCAUUGGUCAACACAAAUGGUAUUCAAGUGGGCAUUUCAUCGUUCAUACGUGGCGGAUGCGGACACGGCUUACCGGAGAUCUUCACUCGAGUUUCCAGUUUUAGAGACUGGAUCGACGAGAAAAUCGGCCAAAAUUGAUUCCCAUACGCAAACACAGCGUCAAAUAAAAAACCGACACGUUUCACGCUCGAAUAAAGUCCAUAAAUGACAAAA